GGAUGAUUCUGUCCCAGAGGAUAAUAUUUGGAGGGGUAUCCUCUCUGUGAUUUUCUUCUUUCUAAUCAUCAGUGUUCUAGCUUUUCCUAAUGGACCAUUUACACGUCCUCACCCUGCAAUAUGGAGAAUGGUUUUCGGUCUCAGUGUGCUCUAUUUUCUGUUCCUGGUGUUCGUGCUCUUCCUUAACUUUGAGCAGGUAAAAGCAGUGAUGUACUGGCUGGAUCCUAAUCUUCGAUAUGCCACAAGGGAAGCAGAUAUUAUGGAAUAUGCUGUGAAUUGUCAUGUUAUCACCUGGGAGAGAAUCCUCAGCCACUUUGAUAUAUUUGCUUUUGGGCAUUUUUGGGGCUGGGCUAUGAAGGCUUUGCUGAUCCGCAGCUACGGGCUGUGCUGGACUAUUAGCAUCACCUGGGAGCUCACUGAGCUCUUCUUCAUGCACCUUCUGCCUAAUUUUGCCGAAUGCUGGUGGGAUCAAGUCAUUUUGGACAUCCUGCUUUGUAACGGGGGUGGCAUCUGGUUGGGCAUGGUGGUUUGUCGUUUCUUGGAGAUGAGGACCUAUCACUGGGCAAGCUUCAAGGACAUUCACACAACCACAGGGAAAAUCAAAAGAGCUGUGUUACAGUUCACCCCAGCCAGCUGGACCUACGUCCGCUGGUUUGACCCUAAGUCUUCAUUUCAAAGAGUGGCUGGAAUCUACCUUUUCAUGAUCAUCUGGCAGCUGACUGAGUUGAACACAUUCUUUUUGAAACAUAUCUUUGUGUUCCAAGCAAGCCACCCUUUAAGCUGGGGGAGAAUUCUCUUCAUAGGAAUCAUUACAGCACCCACUGUAAGGCAAUACUAUGCCUACCUCACAGAUACGCAGUGCAAGAGGGUGGGAACUCAGUGCUGGGUGUUCGGGGUUAUUGCUUUCCUUGAAGCUAUUGUGUGCAUAAAGUUUGGACAGGAUCUUUUUUCCAAAACACAAAUACUGUAUGUUGUGUUUUGGCUUCUCUGUGUGGCCUUUACAACUUUCCUGUGUUUAUAUGGGAUGGUUUGGUACGCAGAAUACUACGGAUACCGAGAAAAGACCUUAUCAGAAAGUGAAGACAGCCCAUACAGUCCAGAUGCUUCCUGGCUUCAUUCUAAAUUCAGUAGAGGUGCUGACAAUAGUCCACCGAAACAUUCAGUCAAUAGUGAAAGCCAUUCAUCUAGAAGAAGGAAUCGGCACUCCAAAUCAAAAGUAACGAAUGGAAUCAGCAAGAAAUAAGAAUUGUCUGUGAAGAUGCCCUACAGUGUGACCAGAGGUGACGAAGAAAAUCAGACCUGGCUCUGAAUUUCCAAACGGAAGAUUGAUUUUUAAAUUUAAAAGAUAAAAAAAAAUAGGAGGUGUUGAAGAAAAGGACGAUCAUGACGGAGCCACCAGUGUAGUGCAAAUCAUUGCCUGCUGACACUCGCCAUUCACUGACUUGCAGCUAGUUUCUUCAGCAUGUGGCACCAAAAGCUAAGGAAGAGUAUGCUGGACAGAAAAGUAAUUUUGUCAUGGCAGGUACACCCCGUUUUGU